AUGUCGCCGACAACAUCUGGUGGGCGGUAUGCGUCGUACAAGUGCGCGACAGCACGUUUGUUGGCUUGGCUGACUGAGAAGGAGCCACCGACGCCGCGAACGGUGCGCGCCAUGCUCAAUGCCGCACGCAGGCUGUCGGAGAGAUGCGAGAUGAUGCCAGCCGACGUCAAGGCAAGUCUCGAGCUCGCCAUCAAGUUGCGGAGGGAGGUUCACGAGCUGUACACUUCGCGUGUGGCGCAAACAAACCCCGACGACGAGCGCCAUGCUCACUUCAUCUCGGCCCUCGAACGUGUGCGCGCGUGGUUGCAGCCUCCUUCAAGCAAAGAAGAGAGGCGCGACGCUCCAACGAAGCAGCUUGAGCCUGAAGCCGAGGAGCUUGCGAACCGCUUCGAGUUGCUUGAUGUUGAGGAAGGUUGGGACGAAGUGGACGAGUCCGUGCCAAAGUCACAAAUGCUUGUGGGUAAAGACGUGCUCAUCGAUGGACUUACGAGUAAGCCAGAGUUAAAUGGACGUACGGGCUAUGUGGUUGAGCACCUCUCACACAACGGCCGUUACAAGGUUCGCUGCGGCGACGAAUUCUACAGCCUCAAGCCGGAAAACAUCAAGCAUGCUCCUAUGCAAGAAGCGGAGCAAGAGCAGUUUAUUCUUGGCGAGGCUAUCGAAUUUGAGGCGGCGUGCUUGAUGCUUGAUGUCCAGGCUGCGCUCGGCGAAGUGGCGACUGCUUGGAAUGACUACAAAACGGGCGCAUCUCGCUUCUUACCGCUGCCGCACUUACGAAUGCGUGCGUCAGCCACGCCGAGCAUCUCGCUAGUGCACUCGAGGCGAAGCAUCCUCGGCUAA